AUGCUCGUUGUAAAGCAUGGUCAAAACAUGAUCAUCGAUCUCGAUUCCUCACGCUAUUAUGAAGUUCUUUGUCUAAUAAUCGAAUGUCUCAAGUUCUCGCCACUAGCUCAGGCGUUAACAAUGGCGAAUUUUGGUCCAUUGGUUCAUCUAUCCAAGUCUUACUCCUCUACAAUUUACAGAAUAGUAAAAUAUGUUAUUCAGUUUGAGGUUGCUUCACACAAGACCUCGAUCACCAAGCCUGACUUUAGCAAACUUCUAGUGCUCACUUUCCCUGUACUUCCUGUGGAUCCAGAAUCAAUUCCAACAAAUGAACUAAUUGAGAUGUUUUAUAAGAUGGGUUACAUUGAAAUCCGAAAUAGUCAACAAAAAAUGUCACAUUUUUUGUUGACUAUUUCGGAUUUCAAGCUUCAAUGUUUACUCCAUUUUGUCAAGGGGGAGCAUAGCAAUUAUUUAUCCAAUUCAAGAUCAUUCUCAUGA